AUGCCCGAUACUCGUGUUGUAGUUGGAAUAGAUUUUGGAACAACCUAUUCGGGAUUUGCGUACUCGCAUAGAGUAAACCCCGAGAUUGAAACAAAUCAAAUUUGGCCAACAGGCGUAAUGAACACAUUUAAAAUCAACACAGUAUUGAUGUAUGAUGAAAAUGGUGAUAAAAUUGAAUCGUGGGGUUUUAAAGCCUUGGUCAAUAAAAAAGCGAGAAGACGUAUCGAUGACUCAAAAGAUUCUAGACCUAUUGAAUUAUUUAAAUUACAUUUAGGAAGAGAUAUAGAAACUUCAGAAAACUUGGAAUCAAGAUUAAGCGAAGUUUCUACACAGAAUAGACUCGAUUAUAAAAAAGCUAUUACUGAUUAUUUGGGUGAAAUGGGUUUGUGUUUUUGUUAA